AUGGCGCCAUCAGAGAAACCGACGCAGUCAUGGUCUACUCAUGACAUAGCUUGUACUCAUUGCCGCGAAAGAAAAAUUCGGUGCGGGCGUGAGAGACCACAAUGUGCACAUUGCAGGCGUGAUGGAGUGGAGUGCGAAUACUCAACCCCUGGCAAGAGGGUCAAUCAUAUCAAGCUAUUAUGCAACAACAUUGGCGGUCUUGAGGAUCGCCUGAGUAACAUCGAGGGCGAGCUCUCACGCUUGAUGACAUUACUCAAGGCCGGUGUUCAUCAAAGGCCGUUCAUGGAUAACUCAACAACCGAAGAGUCGUCAGCCACUUUAUCAAUCAAGGACUCUCUUGCCGACGUGACAUCCUGUUCGUUGCCGACGCAUGAUCAGGGGGCGUGCCGUCAUAAUGAUCCUAUAGAUCGUCAUCAUGGUCCUUGCACUUUGUUAGCUCUUUGUAACGCCUUCAGCGAUACCAUCUUGUCGGAGCAGUGGACACCCGGCCCGGCUCCGGGCAAGGACCAGUUACCAAAAUCCAAUAAACAGGAAGACUUCGCAAAGAAUGAAGCAGUCAAGGACGUGCUCGUCCGUAUGUGUCUCGAAGCCGGUAUUGAAGAGUCUUUUGAUCUUCAACCGAAUCACACCCCCAUCCGACUUCCACCCAAGCAGUUCCUCUUCAUGAUACAAAAUCAAUGCUUUCAGCAAGCAGACUACGCGACAGAUAUAUUUGUGCAAUCAUCCUUCUGGUCUAACGUGGAACGAAUCUAUAGCCAACCCUUUACGCCGGCCGACAAAGCUUGGGCGAUCUGCUUCAACACAAUUAUCCUGCUGGUCCUUGGGUCAGAAGUGCAAAUUCAAAACAGUGAUCCAAUAGUCGAAUCACAGUUCGUCCUACCAUUCCUCUCAACAGUUCGCACAGCUCUAAACAAUCCUCGCGUCCUGAUGGCGCCAAAGUUGAUCAAUGUGCAGGCUUUGGCACUUUUGAGUCUCGCUGCUCAACAGUACUAUCCGCCAGGUUUUGCGGACUCGAUUUUUGCGCAAGCUUGUGUACUAGCCAGAACCCUAGGUCUCCAUCAAACGCCGAUGGCAUCAGAUAACGCUAGUCCAGAGGAACAGCAAGAGCGCUUCAAAGUCUUCAAAUCAUUAUACCUUCGAGAUAAGAGCUUCACGAUUUCGCGAGGAUCUUUCUGCUGGCUUCCAGGUUCCGAUUGCAGUCUCUCCUCUCAGCUCGACCAGAGUGCCAUUGCUGAUCCAAAACUCGCCUCUCGGGUACAACUUGCCAAGUUGCAAGAGGAAAUCUACCGAUUAUUUCAUCCAGCGGAAUCACAAAGGCGAUGCUCGAUUAGGCAUAAGACUUUACUGUUACGCAUCGAGCAAAGUCUUGAGCGUUGGGCCGAUACCCAUGAUAUUUUCACCUCAGUUAAUACUAACCCUCGCAAUGUCGACUUGCAACUCGAGUUUUUAGCGGCCCGCAUCAGUGUCCUGCAUGGCAGUCUUGAGCCCGUUCAUUGUGAUCAGUCUAUGUUUCAGCGACCUGACGGUCUCUCAAUCUCGAAAAGCCCAUCGCUGAAAGGUCUCAACAAAUCUACCAGUCGUCGAUCGAGCAAAGACAAGACCUCCAGCAACGACGCUUGCUCUGGCAGCACAGAGGAAAAUGCAAAUCAACCUAUAUCGUUACGUUCACACCGUCUGCCAGAUACUUUCUCGGCACACGGAUUUUUCUUACUAGCAAGGAAUCUUAUACAGCCAAUAUCAACAGACGAUGAAUCACAAGCAGACGAAGACAUGAAUCUAUUGCAGAAAGUAUGCGCAUGCUACAGAGAACUUGAAGGGGGAAGUCAAGCGAACAACCACACGCGCAAAGUUGGACACGCUUUCGGAAGACUUUUGCAAGUGGUAAACCUCGUUAAAAAUGACCAACAACUUCAACCAUUACCAACCAUGCUACAUCAGGCAAGCACCGCUCAUACUCCACCCAGCACUCAAAACUUCUUUGCUGGCCAACAAGGACUUUCCGACUUCACAGACCUGUCGACUGCAUCGUCUUACCCAGCACCUCCCAUGCCAUUGGAGGGCUUCUCCUCCAAGAAUAACUCUACCGCAGCGACCACCUCGGUCAGUACAUGCCCUUCACCUGGCUUACUUACUCCAAUGGAACUGGAAUUCUUUUCUCCACAUUUCGAGCAGCCGCAGAGUAUAAUGUCACCGUCGGGCAGGAAGCGAGUGCGUUUAAGUGGGCCGAAUGCUGUUAUGGAUGAAUCACCCAACUCGAGGCUUCUUUCCGAACUCCUGGCCGCAAGCCCUAUGAUGUCGUUUGAUGUUGCGGCGCAAGAGGACAUACAUACCGCUGUAUUAUAG